GCAGGAGCCCGGCCGGCGAGUCGGGCCGAGUCGCGGAGAAGCUAGUUCCUAGGAUCCUAGAGAAGCAGCCGCCGCCGCCGCCGCCAGUACCGCCCUGUCCGCACCGCGCCUCGGCAGCCGGGACAGGGCCGCCGUCGGGGAGCCUCAGAGCACCGUCCCUAGCUCAGCAUGAUGGACUUGGAGCUGCCGCCGCCGGGACUGCCGUCCCAGCAGGGUAGCCCACCAUCUCCUCCGAUGGCAGCCUGUUCAUACCUCUUAUUCUAAACCAGAAGGGGGUAGUGGGAGAGAGAACACAGAACGUGAUGAAAACUCUAGAAACCAGAGGGACCAAGUACACUUCAUUUACUCAGGACAUGGAUUUGAUUGACAUACUUUGGAGGCAAGAUAUAGAUCUCGGGGUAAGUCGAGAAGUAUUUGACUUCAGUCAACGACGGAAGGAGCAUGAGCGGGAAAAACAGAAAAAACUUGAAAAGGAAAGACAAGAACAACUGCAAAAGGAGCAAGAGAAAGCCUUUUUCGCUCAGUUACAACUAGAUGAAGAGACAGGUGAAUUCCUCCCGGCUCAGCCAGCACAACACAUCCCGUCGGAAACCAGUGGAUCUGCCAACUACUCCCAGGUAGCCCACAUUCCCAAACCAGAUGAUUUGUACUUCGAUGACUGCAUGCAGCUUUUGACAGAGACAUUCCCAUUUGUAGAUGACAAUGAGGUUUCUUCAGCUACGUUUCAGUCACUUGUUCCUGAUAUUCCCAGCCACAUCGACAGCCCAGUCUUUAUUGCUCCUAAUCAGGCUCAGUCACCUGAAACUGCUGUCCUUCAGUUAGCCACUGCUGAUUUAGACGAUAUGCAGCAGGAUAUUGAGCAAGUUUGGGAGGAGCUAUUAUCCAUUCCAGAAUUACAGUGUCUUAAUAUUCAAAGUGACAAACUGGCUGAGACUAGCAUGGUUCCAAGUCCGGAAACCAAACUGGCGGAAAUUAACAACAAUUAUCAUUUCUAUUCAUCAAUCCCCUCAUUGGAAAAAGAAGUAGGUAACUGCAGUCCACAUUUUCUCAGUGCUUUUGAGGAUUCCUUCAGCAGCAUCCUCUCCACAGAAGAAUCCAGCCAGUUGACAGUGAACUCAUUAACUUCAAAUGCCACAGUAAAUACAGAUUUUGGUGAUGAAUUUUAUUCCGCUUUCAUAGCAGAGCCCAGUACCAGCAACAGCAUGCCCUCCUCUGCUACUUUAAGCCAGUCACUCUCUGAACUUCUAAACGGGCCCAUUGAUAUCUCUGAUCUAUCACUUUGUAAAGCCUUCAACCAAAACCACCCUGAAAGUGCAACAGCAGAAUUCAAUGAUUCUGACUCUGGCAUAUCACUGAACACAAGUCCCAGCAUGGCAUCACCUGAACACUCAGUGGAAUCUACCAUCUGUGGAGACACACUGCUUGGCUUCAGUGAUUCUGAAAUGGAAGAAAUAGAUAGUUCUCCUGGAAGUGUCAAACAGAAGGGUCCUAAAACACAGCCAGUAAGGCCUUCUGGGGAUACAGUCCAACCCUUGUCAUCAUCUCGGAGGAACAGUGCUCCAGUGUGUGAUGCCCAGUGUGAAAAUACACCAAAGAAAGAAGUGCCUGUAAGUCCUGGUCAUCGAAAAACCCCGUUCACAAAAGACAAACAUUCAAGCCGCUUGGAGGCUCAUCUCACAAGAGAUGAGCUACGGGCAAAAGCUCUCCAUAUCCCAUUCCCUGUAGAAAAAAUCAUUAACCUCCCAGUUGAUGACUUCAAUGAAAUGAUGUCCAAGGAGCAAUUCAACGAGGCUCAACUUGCAUUAAUUAGAGACAUACGUAGGAGGGGUAAGAAUAAAGUGGCUGCUCAGAACUGCAGAAAAAGAAAACUGGAAAAUAUAGUGGAACUGGAGCAAGAUUUAGAUCAUUUAAAAGAUGAAAAAGAAAAAUUGCUCAAAGAAAAAGGAGAAAAUGACAAAAGCCUCCAUCUACUGAAAAAACAACUCAGCACCUUGUAUCUUGAAGUCUUCAGCAUGCUACGUGAUGAAGAUGGAAAGCCGUACUCCCCAAGUGAAUACUCCUUGCAGCAAACGAGAGAUGGCAAUGUAUUCCUUGUUCCCAAAAGUAAGAAGCCAGAUACUAAGAAAAACUAGAUUUGAGCAGAUCUGACCUUUUCUGAGCUAGUGGGUUUUUUUUUGUUGUUGUACUGUUAUACUAAAAGCUCCUACUGUGAUGUGAAAUGCAGAAAUACACUUUAUAAGUAAUUCUAUGCAAAAUUAUAGUCAAAACUAGUGUAGAAAAUAUAAAACUUUAAGAAGCAUUAAAAUAAGUUAUCAGUAUGCUGAAUCAGUAGUUUCACUUUAACUGCAAACUUAAUUUCUAAAAACACCAUUGGGGCUAGUUUCUAUAUACAUGUAAAUACUACAAAAACUCCUUAUUUAUACUGUUCUUAUCUCAUUUGUUACUUUCAUAGAUUUAUAUGAUACAUCUGGCUAAAAGCAAAUUGUUGCAAAACUAACCACUGUACUUUUUUAAAUAAAUACUGUAUGAACAAAAAAAUGGCAUUUUUUAUAUUAAAUUGUUUAGCUCUAGCAAAAGACAAUUUGGUUGAAAAGCUGGUACUAAUAAAGGAAUAUUAUGACCGUUAAA